CAAAAAACAAACAAAUAAAAAAGAAAAAACCCUCUCUCUCUCUCUCUCUCUUCCCCUAAUCAUCGCCUCGUGCUUAGCUACCUUUUCUGUGCCCUAAUUCUUUAUCCCCAUCGAGGUUUCCAGAUCCCUGUGCCUCACUUCUCGUAUUUUUUCUCCUCGAAAUUCUCGCCGGAAUUGUUCUCGGCGGAGCAGUAGUGUUCUUUUAGGGCGCCGAUAUGAGCUUUCAGGAUUAUAAGGAUCUCGAAGCGGGCCGCGGCUUGGCGGCUCAGUCCAGGCGCGACCCGACCCAAGCCGUCGCCUCCGGCAUUUUCCAGAUCACCACCGCCGUGUCCACGUUUCAGCGGCUCGUCAACACCAUCGGUACCCCCAAAGACACGCCCGAGCUCCGCGAGAAGCUGCACAAGACAAGACUACAUAUUGGAAAGUUAGUAAAGGAUACAUCAGAAAAGCUUAAACUAGCGAGUGAAAGAGAUCACCAUUCUGAAGUUAAUGGAAGACAGAAGGUUGCAGAUGCGAAGCUUGCAAAAGAUUUUCAAGCGGUACUUAGAGACUUUCAGAAAGCUCAAAGACUUUCAGCUGAGAGGGAAACAGCUUAUGCUCCUUUUGUUCCCCAGGCUGUUCUUCCAUCAAGCUACACUGCUAGUGAGAUAGAUGUAGCCUCAGAUAAGAGUCCAGAACAGCGUGCUCUCCUUGUGGAAUCGAGAAGACAGGAGGUUUUGCUAUUAGACAAUGAAAUUACCUUUAAUGAGGCUAUCAUCGAGGAACGAGAACAAGGAAUACAAGAGAUCCAGCAGCAAAUUGGAGAAGUGAAUGAGAUUUUCAAAGAUCUGGCUAUUCUGGUUCAUGAACAAGGAACCAUGAUUGAGGAUAUCGACUCAAAUGUUGAGAGUUCUCAUGCUGCAACUGCCCAGGCAAAGUCGCACCUUGUGAAGGCUGCAAAGACCCAGAGAUCGAACUCGUCUCUGACUUGCUUGCUGUUGGUAAUAUUUGGAAUUGUGCUUCUCAUUGUGAUAAUAGUACUUGCAGCUUAAUCAGACAAUUAUCUGCAUUAAAUCAGAGACAACUCAUGAUCUGCCCAUCCCUUUUGCUAGUGUACGCAAUGGGUUGUUUUCUGCGGUCAUUACGCGCGACUUGAGUCUGUUGCACCUUUGGUCCAGUUUAGUAUAUAGUCUGUUACAAUACCUGGUUGUUUCGGUUGAGUGGUGGGAGGUUGUUUUUCUGCAAGUUGAUGGUUGGGGCUUUGUGGUGGGUGUUCUUGCGUCUGUUAUGUGAUGGUCAAAAGUACAUGUUAAUAAAAUUCAUAAUUCUUUGAUUUUCAUGUUAUCUUAUGUAUAUGGUUUUCACACUUUGCUUUCCCCGUUCUUAUAGUUACACCAGUCUGGUGAUUAGAGAUUUAGUGCCAAGGCGAGGAAUAUAUCACUGUAGUUAUCCACGGUUCCAGUUUGGGUUGGUGUUGUAAAGGUCAUAGUAUCGCGUGAUAAAUAAGGAUUUCAUUGAUA